AUGGCAGUGGAAGUUGAUUCGAACAUAGAGCCUCGUGAAGGCACUGAAUUUGAAUCGAAGGAAGCAGUGAAGAUGUUCUAUGAAGAUUAUUCCAGAAGUUUAGGGUUUGUAAUGCGUGUAAUGUCUUGUCGAAGAUCCCAGAAAGAUGAAAGAAUCAUUAUCCAGAGAUUUGAUUGUAAUAUAGAAGGUCAUUGUGUUAGUGUCCCUGACAGGUUUGGUUCUGUCAGGAAACCAAGACCGAGUACUACAGAAGGACUCGAAUAA